AUGGCUCCUUUUGCAAUUGCUACGUUGUCCUCUUCUCACAUCUGCCACCUCCCAAAGCCUGCAAAAUUGAAGCUUCCAAUUCGCUGCUCCGCUGCUUCUUCUUCUCCUUCCUUUUUUUCCACUCGAUCAAAAGCUUCUGACUUUGAUUUGAGGACAUAUUGGGCUUCCCUAAUGGUGCAGAUCAAUCAUAAGCUCGACGAAGCUGUUCCAGUUCAGUUUCCUCCCCAGAUAUACGAAGCUAUGAGGUACUCUGUCCUUGCCAAAGGUGCCAAGCGAGCUCCGCCUGUUAUGUGCAUCUCUGCAUGUGAACUCUUUGGGGGCAACCGCCUAGCCGCCUUCCCCACUGCCUGCGCCCUUGAAAUGGUUCACGCAGCUUCAUUGAUACAUGAUGAUCUGCCCUGCAUGGAUGACUCUCCAUCACGCCGUGGGCAGCCUUCAAACCAUACGAUCUAUGGUGUUGACAUGGCAAUUCUUGCUGGUGAUGCACUCUUUCCCCUUGGAUUUCGUCACAUUGUUUCACAGACUCCCUCUGACCUUGUGCCUGAGCCCAAUCUCCUCCGUGUGAUUGCUGAGAUGGCCCGUUCUGUGGGCUCCACUGGUAUGGCUGCAGGGCAGUUCCUGGACCUUGAAGGAGGACCCAAUGCAGUUGAAUUUAUUCAGGAAAAAAAGUUUGGUGAAAUGGGAGAGUGUUCUGCAGUGUGUGGAGGAUUGCUGGCUGGAGCUGAAGACGAUGAGAUAGAGAGACUGAGGAGGUACGGGAAAGCUGUUGGUGUAUUAUAUGCAGUUGUGGAUGAUAUUCUGGAAGAGAGAUUGAAAGCUGAGGGGGGUGGAGACGGGAAAAACAAGGGGAAGAGUUAUGCAGAGGUUUACGGAGUAGAAAAGGCAACAGAAAAAGCUGAAGAGCUGAGAGAAAAGGCUAAGGAAGAAUUGGAUGGAUUUGAGAAGUACGGGGAGCGAGUCUUUCCUCUCUACAGUUUUGUGGAUUAUGCAUUUGAUAGAAGCUUCAGUGUUGAUAAUGCCAGUGGAUAA